CGCACCGAAAUGAUGCGUCCCAACCGCGGCUUCAUCUUGCUCCUCCUCAACGGAACCGCUUGUUUGGUGGCCUUGGGUCAAGAAGACGAUUCCUCCAGCCCCAAGAGCUCCUCGGACGCCUCCUCCAAGACGGUGGGCCUCCUGAGCGAGCAGGCUCCCCUCUCGCCCCUGAGCCGAUGGAUGCUUCACAGUAAGAGCAGAGCUGCUAACACCACCUCUCUGGAGCUGCCCUACCGCUCCCCGGUCCCUUUCUCCAAGCAGGAGUUUUCUAAACAGGAGUUCUGGGAGAUGUUGGGGAGCGACCUGCUCAAACCCGACGCCUCCAGCUCCAGGGUCAAGCGCCGGCCCAUCGUUAAGACGGGCAAGUUCAAGAAGAUGUUUGGCUGGGGAGACUUCUAUUCCAAUAUCAAGACGGUGAGGCUUAACCUGCUGAUCACCGGCAAGAUUGUGGACCACGGCAACGGCACGUUCAGCGUCUACUUCCGCCACAACUCCACGGGCCAGGGCAACAUCUCCGUCAGCCUGGUGCCACCUGUCAAGGCGGUGGAGUUUGACCUGGAGCGCCAGAGCGUGGUCUACCCUAAGGACUCAAAGAUCUUCAACUGCCGCGUGGACUAUGAAAAGGUGGAUCGCAGCAAGCGCACGUCGCUGUGCAACUACGACCCGUCCAAGACCUGCUUCCAGGAGCAGAUUCAGAGCCACGUGUCCUGGAUUUGCUCAAAGCCUUUCAAGGUCAUCUGUAUCUACAUUUCCUUCUACAGUACGGACUACCGCCUGGUCCAGAAGGUUUGCCCGGACUACAACUACCAUAACGAGAUGCCCUACCUGCCCUCGGGCUAG